ACAAUUGACUUUCCAUUUCUUGUUUCUUCCCAGUAUGGGAAGCCAAAACUCUUCAGGUCCUGGCCCUCACACCCAAUCGCUUGGUGUGACCCAAAUGUUAGCACAGACGCCCCUACGUCCCUCAACCGCGCGGUCCUGCUUGGAGCUGCUGCCAUCCCCUCUCUGCAAGGCGCUGAAGGCGAAGGCUGCAGUGGGAGCUGUCUGCAGGAAGAGUUGAAGAGGGUGCAUGAGAAGGGUGUUUGCCCAGUGACGCCGAGAAGGGAGAUCCCACCCUCCACCACCCGCAGCCAUGGAAGGCGGCGUGCAGCUCCUCAACCGCGACGGCCACAGCAUCUCGCACAACUCCAAGCGGCACUACCACGACGCCUUCGUGUGCAUGAACCGCAUGCGGCAGCGCGGGCUGCUCUGCGACAUCGUGCUGCACGUGGGCACCAAGGAGAUCAAGGCCCACAAGGUGGUGCUGGCGUCCUGCAGCCCGUACUUCCACGCCAUGUUCACAAAUGAGAUGAGUGAGAGCCGCCAGACCCACGUCACGCUGCACGACAUCGACCCGCAGGCCCUGGAGCAGCUGGUGCAGUACGCUUACACGGCUGAGAUCGUGGUGGGCGAGGGCAACGUGCAGACACUUCUUCCCGCUGCCAGCCUGCUUCAGCUCAACGGCGUGCGGGAUGCGUGCUGCAAGUUCCUCCUGAGCCAGCUCGACCCAUCCAACUGCCUGGGGAUCCGGGGCUUUGCCGACACGCACUCCUGCAGCGACCUCCUCAAGUCUGCCCACAAGUACGUCCUCCAGCACUUCGUGGAGGUGUCCAAGACAGAGGAGUUCAUGUUGCUGCCCCUCAAACAGGUGCUGGACCUCAUUUCCAGUGACAGCCUCAACGUGCCGUCGGAGGAGGAGGUGUACCGGGCUGUGCUCAGCUGGGUCAAGCACGAUGUGGACAGCAGAAGGCAGCAUGUCCCCAGGCUCAUGAAGUGCGUGCGGCUGCCCUUGCUGAGCCGGGACUUCCUGAUGAGCAACGUGGACACGGAGCUGCUGGUGCGGCACCACUCGGAGUGCAAGGACCUGCUGAUCGAAGCCCUCAAGUACCACCUCAUGCCGGAGCAGCGAGGGGUCCUCAGCAACAGCAGGACGAGGCCACGGCGCUGCGAGGGGGCCAGCACCGUGCUGUUCGCUGUGGGUGGGGGGAGCCUGUUCGCCAUCCACGGGGACUGCGAGGCCUACGACACGCGGACGGACCGGUGGCACAUGGUGGCCUCCAUGUCGACGCGCAGGGCCAGGGUCGGCGUGGCUGCCAUCGGGAACAAGCUGUACGCCGUGGGCGGUUACGACGGGACCUCUGAUCUGGCCACGGUGGAGUCCUACGACCCCGUCACCAAUUCCUGGCAGCCCGAGGUGUCCAUGGGCACCAGGAGGAGCUGCCUGGGCGUAGCGGCGCUUCACGGGCUUCUCUAUGCUGCUGGGGGGUACGAUGGGGCCUCGUGCCUGAACAGCGCAGAGCGGUACGACCCUCUGACAGGCACCUGGACAUCCAUCGCUGCCAUGAGCACCAGGAGACGCUACGUCCGGGUGGCAACGCUAGAAGGCAACCUCUAUGCUGUUGGGGGAUAUGACAGCUCGUCCCACUUAGCCACGGUAGAAAAGUAUGAGCCCCAGAUCAACACCUGGACGCCCAUUGCCAACAUGCUGAGCCGCCGGAGCAGCGCAGGGGUGGCCGUGCUGGAGGGGAUGCUCUACGUGGCCGGCGGCAACGACGGGACCAGCUGCCUGAACUCCGUGGAGCGCUACAACCCCAAAACCAACACGUGGGAGAGCGUGGCGCCCAUGAACAUCCGCAGGAGCACCCACGACCUGGUGGCCAUGGACGGCUGGCUGUACGCCGUGGGUGGCAACGACGGGAGCUCCAGCCUGAACUCCAUCGAGAAGUACAACCCGCGCACCAACAAGUGGGUGGCAGCCUCCUGCAUGUUCACCCGCCGGAGCAGCGUGGGGGUGGCGGUGCUGGAACUGCUCAACUUCCCACCCCCUUCCUCGCCCACCCUCUCGGUGUCUUCGACGAGCCUUUGACAAAGGAUCAGGA